AUGAAGCAGAUCUGUGAAGCCACGGAAGCGCGAGCUGCCAGGCUGGAGCUCACGACGGGGUUGGAGGGAGAGCUGCAGCGUGCCCAGCUUCGAGCCUCAGAGACGGAGGCGGAGGUCAGCUCACUGCAGGAACGCCUCAACAACCUCCGCAGAGAGCUGGGAGACAGCGAAGAGUGUGCUGCUCUCCUGAAGGUUGAGGGUGAGAGGCUGGCAACUGCCUUGGCACAUGCAGAACUUCAGGAGAGCCAGUUGAGGGAGCAACUGCAAGCCAUGGCUGCAUCCUUGACCGACAGCAACACUGCUGCAGGAUCAUCCCGGGAUCAAGCCGCCCAACUGCAGCGAGCUCUCACAGCCAGCGAACAUGAUCGGAAGAUGCUGCAGGAGAGGUUGGAUAAGACACGGGAGGCUCUGACAAACGGUAGGAAGCAAAAUCAUGGCUUGAGUGAGAGACUACAGAGCCUGCAGAGAAGCCAGGAAGAGUCUGAGCUCAGGGUCUCCGAACUCGACAAACAGACACGUGGCCUGCAGGAGGCUGUGAGACGGAGGCAACAGGCUGAGCAGGAGGCGCAAGAGAGGUGUGCAACCCUAAAGGGAGAAAAGGAUCAGCUUCAAGAGCAGGUGGCUAUCCUGCAAACCACUGCAGAUCGUCUGCAGGGAGAGAAAGCUGAGCUGGAGAGGACACUGCUGCGUCUGGGAAAAGACAGGUCCUCUCUAAAACGGACCCUGGAGAAGGUGGAACAGAAUCGCCAAAGGAAGGAGGCCGAGGUACUGCAUGCUGAGCGUGAGAGAGAACAGCAAGAACAAAAAAUACAAAAUCUAGAGCUAGAGUUAAGCGAGACACAGGCUGAAAUUCACACACUACAGUCCCAGAUCUCUAUAUUGGAGCAGGCUCACUCCCAGAGGCUCAUGGAAGUGACAGCUCACCUCAGGCAAGAGCUGGACCUGGAGUCAGAGCGGAUGAGGAACUCCCAGCAACAGGUAGAGAAAGCACUGGAGGCACGGGAGAAAGCUCACCGCCAGAGGGUCCACUGUUUGGAGGAACAGGUUUGCACACUGAAAGAACAGUUGGAGCAGGAGAUGAAGAGGAGGCAAGCAUAUAUGAAGCAAAUGCAUAGAUUAGGGCUCUAACAAAACCCGAAAUGGCUUGGGAAUUCAGGCCACGGUGACCAACUGACAGCUUUUUGCUUGUAAUCUCUCAAAGGCCAAUGAAACAAGGCCAGUGCUUACAUGCAUAUCCACAAUGAAAUCUUACACAGGCAUGAUUCACACACUUUGGUUUUAAAAACACACAAAAUCACUGGUCUCAGGGAGAAUUGUUGGACUUAAUUUGCACAAAUACUUUAAGUAAUCCUGAUCCACACCAUACAAACCCAGUAACAACAAACAAAGAGAUCACUGUUUCACUAAAUUCUUCUCAAUUGCCAAAUUGUUUUAAAGAUUUGUUCUGCAAACUGUUAAAAACAGACGAUAAAUCUACCUAAGUCUAUCCCUGUUCAUCUUAGAGCAUUAGUCUCAAUUCAACACCACACACACACUUGCAUUUUUACAU